AUGGCGCUGGGGGCGCGGCUGCUUCUGUGGCUCGCGCUCUGGACCCUGGCGGUUCCCGCCCGGAGCUCCGGGGAGGACGCCGACGGAGGGUGGCGGAGGCCCGGGCCGGGGGCGCCGGCGGCCGUGACGGAGGAGGAGCACUGCACUGUGGAGCGCCGGGCCGACCUCAGCUACGCCGAGUUCGUGCAGCGCUACGCCUUUUCCAGACCUGUUAUUCUGCGGGGACUCACAGACAAUUCAAGGUUCCGAGACCUAUGCACCCGUCAGAGGCUGUUGGCCUCCUUUGGACACAGCGUGGUCCGGUUGAGUACCGCCAACACCUACUCCUACCAGAAAGUGGACCUGCCCUUUCAGAAGUAUGUGGAGCAGAUGCUGCACCCCCAGGACCCUAUCUCCAUGGGCAAUGACACUCUGUACUUCUUUGGGGACAACAACUUCACUGAAUGGGCCUCCCUCUUUCGGCACUACUCUCCACCUCCGUUCAGCCUACUGGGUACAACUCCUGCUUACAGCUUUGGGAUUGCAGGAGCUGGCUCUGGGGUGCCCUUCCACUGGCAUGGACCCGGGUUCUCGGAGGUGAUCUAUGGCCGCAAGCGCUGGUUCCUGUACCCUCCUGAGAAGACACCCGAAUUCCACCCCAACAAAACCACACUGGCCUGGCUCCGGGACACAUACCCAGCCCUGACACCAUCUGCACGGCCCCUGGAAUGCACUGUCCAGGCUGGUGAGGUGCUGUAUUUCCCUGACCGAUGGUGGCAUGCCACACUCAACCUUGAUACCAGCGUCUUCAUCUCUACCUUCCUCAGCUAG